UGGCGGGAAAGAACUCGAGUAAUGCGUGGCAAUGCAGUGAUUUUGGAUCGUAAUUUCUACUUCAAACCAGAUUAAUGGCAGGCCAUACGCAAUUAAGAUAAUCCAUGGGAUAACGCAAGAACUCAGCCAUCAUGUCUAACAAUUCUGCGGAAGGAAGCCUGGAUGGUGGUUCGGAACGAGGCAGUUCCCCCGAGACAACCCCAGUCGACCCCGCUCUAAAAUGUGCAAUCUGUGACGCCAAAUAUACACAGCCAAAAGUACUACCCUGCUUACACGUCUAUUGUGCAGAAUGUCUAGAGAAGAAACUUGAAGAGGAGGAAAACUCCGAACUCACAUGUCCUGAAUGUAAACAAAUAUGUAAAGAGUCUAUUGAUUCUUUGCCAUCAGAUUUUGUGAUGUGCAACAUGUUAGACCAGCUUGCUAUGGAGGAAAUGACGAUUGUCUGUACCUCGUGUAAAGCCAAAGAGAAGGCAGUCGCAAGAUGCAGUGAUUGUGCAAAUUUUCUUUGCCCAAAUUGUGUCACCGCUCAUCAGUAUAUGAGGUGUUUUGAAAACCAUAAGGUGAUGUCAUUUGAAGACCUUAAGACGGAAGGGAUCACAAUUCACAAACCAUUAUUCUGUGCUAGCCAUGAAACAGAAACAAUGAAAUAUUUUUGCAAUUCUUGCCAGGUUCCUAUAUGCAAUGAGUGCAUGGCUACAACUCACAGACAGCCAGAACAUUUCUAUGAACGCUUCGGUGAAAUUGAAACUAAGCAGAAAGAUGAGCUAAAAAGCUUAAUAGCAGAGAGCAUAUCAAAGAAGGAUUACUGUGAAGAUGUUAGUGGAGCGCUACAGAAUUCUCUUAUGGAGCUCCAGAUACAGAGAGACCAAGCUAAGGGCCUCAUUGAUGAAACAUUCCAAAGUUAUAAAGCUGUAUUAGAGAAAUGCCAUGAAGAAAAACUUAAAGAACUGGAGGAAAUGCACUCCCAUCAAGAACUUGGUAUUAUGGAAGUAUUCCACACUGUUGAGAAAACCAUUGAGAAGAUAGAGGAUGGGAGCAAGUUUACUGAGAGAGUCCUGGAGCGUGGGAACCUUACAGAGCUCCUUAUGCUGAAGAAAUAUGUUGCCUCACAACUUUUAACACUGAUCAAUAAUAUUCCAAAAGAUGAUGUUAAUGACAAAAUAGAGUUUGUUUCCGAGGCAACAGAAUUUGAAAAAGCGACCAAAGAAACAUUUGGACAUUUCGUUAAAGAAGAGCCACCUAAGCAAGCUGUUGAGUUGCCACCUGCGAGACAGGAGACAUCUCCCAACUCACUGCAGUCUUCUUUUGAUACUGAAACCUUCAAUCUGCCAGGAGGUCUUCUAAGCCCAGAUGUGUUGCCUUCUGUAACAACAACAGACCUUCUAUCACAGGCAUCUGCACUCACUGACCUCCCUCCACUAUCACUGGGGAACCUCGGUCAACUGGGCACGACAACCUCCGUAAUGUCGAGCAUGUCUAGCAUUGCAAAUGCAAUCACAAGCCUACCUAGUGCUGGCGAGCGCUCUGCGUCACGUAACUCCCACAGCCCUGCGAUGUCUGACAGUGGUAUAAGUGUGGACGCAAGCAGCGGCAGCAGUGGAGCGAGCACUCCUAUGAUUAACCUUGCAGCCCUCACUAAACUCGGAACGAUAAACAUGAACAGUCAAGGCCAAAUCACAGUGAAUGGCCAAGUAAUACCUGGAUUGAACAUCAACACAGUAAGCGGCCUACCCAGUCCUAUGCAUGGCUCAGUUCCACCAACCACCCCAAGAUCACUUCAUAGCGAUGUCCCACUUGGAAGUCUACUAGGAGGCAGUAAUAUUGGUAACCCUAUUGGUGGCAACAUGGUGGGAAUGAGCAAUCAAAUGGCUGCCAACAUUGGUGAUGGUAUGAGUGGCCACAUGCCCAUCAUGGGAAAUUCAAUGGGUGGUAGCAUGGGAAGUAACAACUCUUCGCGCUCUCAGACCCCCGCACCCCUCGACUCAAACAUAGCAGGUCUUUUGCACCAGCCUGGGACCCCUCAUGCCUUGAAUGGACUGGCUAACAUGAUGGCAGGUCCCCAUACCCCAGGACUGGACCAAGACAUGUCUAUGCCCAGUCCGUUAGGUCCUCCUGGUACAAAUGAGUGGAGAGCGAGUCCUAGCAACUUCCUCCCAUCAUCCCAACCUGGCCAGCAACCAAGCAAUCUUGGUACGCCCGUUAUAGGCCUUGGUAUGGGUGCAAAUCCACAAUACGACCCUAACCCACACCCUCCGUUUCCAGUGCGUGGAUCUGGUAAGAUGUCUGCCAUGCAGAUUCGUUGCAAAUUUGGUCAACUGGGACCAGGAAAGACACAGUUCAAUUCACCACAUGGUUUCUGCCUUGGAUUGGAUGAAGAUAUUGUAGUUGCCGAUACAAACAAUCAUCGUAUUCAAGUGUUUGAGAAAACGGGAGAGUUUAAAUACCAGUUUGGAAUACCAGGCAAAGAAGAAGGACAGCUGUGGUAUCCCCGCAAGGUGGCAGUGAUGCGGCAGACUGGAAAAUAUGUGGUAUGUGACCGUGGCAAUGAGCGAUCCCGUAUGCAGAUCUUUUCUAAGAAUGGGCACUUUAUUAAGAAGAUUGCUAUUCGAUACAUUGACAUAGUGGCAGGCCUGGCCAUCACCAGUCAAGGUCACAUUGUUGCAGUGGAUAGUGUAUCUCCCACUGUAUUCUGUAUUGCUGAGAGUGGUGACCUACUAAAAUGGUUCGACUGCAGCGAUUGCAUGAGAGAACCCUCUGACAUAGCUAUCAGUGGGAAAGAAUAUUUUGUCUGUGACUUUAAGGGUCACUGUGUUGUGGUGUUUAAUGAAGAUGGUAAGUUUAUGCGCCGUAUAGGCUGCGAGAACAUCACCAACUUCCCGAAUGGAAUUGAUAUCAGCGAUGCUGGGGAUGUGCUGAUAGGUGACAGCCAUGGUAACCGUUUCCAUGUGGCUGUGUUCCAACGUGAUGGUUCGUUGAUAGGAGAAUUUGAAUGCCCAUAUGUGAAAGUAAGUCGAUGUUGCGGAUUGAAAAUUACAUCUGAGGGAUACAUUGUUACCUUGGCGAAGAACAACCAUCAUGUGUUGGUGUUGAAUACACUCUAUAUUGCCUAAUUCUCCAGCCACUGUGACAUCACAAUAAUAAAUGUGACUUCACACUGCCUGCGAAUCAUACGACAUAGAGAAAGUAUGACAGAUAUAAAAAUGAGAAGAAAUGAGUGCUGGAAUAGUACUACUGUAUAUUGAGACAAAUUAUAUAGAUGUAUUUGACUCUUAUAUAAGGCAACAGAAUGUUGUACAACAUAUAUAGAAGUGGUAUAAUGGUUCUAAAUGUAAAAAGGCUUUACACGUUCAAUCCAGCACUUUGAAUUUUACCAAAUUUGUAAUCCACUCAUCCCUACCAAAAAAAUCCAGUUUAUUUGAUAUUUAGCAUAGUUAUUAAAAAAUUGGGGCGAUUGGAUUACAGAAUGUGGAAAUGUGCCAUUUGGCAAACUGCUGGUUUUCUGUAUUACAUUUCUGUAAUUGUGCAGCAUUAAUAUGUUAUGUAUGGUCAGCACAAGCAUCUACUGGAUCAACUCUGGCUUGUUUGUAUUGUAACAUACUUAAAAAAUCUAAAAACAUGUAUACAUGUACUCUCAAAUCAGAAAUGAUUUUUUCAAUUUAUAUCCAAAAUCUUGUGAUUUUGCGAGACUUCAUGAGAUAUUUGAAACCAUGACCUUGUUUUGGAGAUAUUUUCAUUUACAAACAUUUCUACAAUAAAGAUACUGCAUAUCAGUAAUGUAUCUACCAACCAAUAUACAGUAUAUACAUAUAUUCGACAUGAGUGUAAAAGUUACCUGCUUUAAGGUGUUGGUUAUGCAAAUAUCUCUGAAGCAAGUGUUAAACUAGCAAUUAUUGGUAGUCCUUUCUAGGGAUAGGUGCUCUAGAAUGGCGUGUCAUUCAGGUAUGGAAUACUUUCUUAAAGCAAAUAUGAUAUAAACUUAGUGUUUGUGCUAGGGCAUUUUUCACAUGUGGUCAAAAAGCAUAAAAAUCUGUGACAUUGAAGAGUGGGAGUAAAAUUGAGCUCUAGCACAAACAAUAAGCAUUUAUCUUAACAAAGAGGGAAGGGUGGUUUGAAGAGUACACAGUGGAAAUACACCACUUUCAUUAUUUUUACUGCUGAUAAUAUAUGGUGUCGGGUUUAUACAGCUACAUAUUUGGUGACACUACUUAUUCUUAUAACGCCUAUCUUAGCAAAUUUGUUACAUACUUGCAUGUUUAUGUUUUUUUUAAUGCCAUUCUUAGCCAUUUGGAUCAUGUUCAACUCCUGCUACUGAUUAAUUGGUUCAUGUAAUUUAUGUGGUUGUUACUGAUAACUGGUGACAAUUAAUCUCUAAAAAUAAACAGGUUUACAAUUUUCAAAUGUACAUCUGAGAUAUAUGAAGUUCUACACAUUCACAAUAUUUCAGGGUUUAGAAUGUAUUAUGAAUGUGAUAUAUUGAAAAAAUGACGAUUUUGCUGAGAUAGGUGUAAAAAAUAUGCAAGUCUAAGUGUACUAGUCAGUGAUUGUAACAACAUAUUGUGUAUUCGUGCCUUAGACUAUGAUACAUAGCAUCCACUGUAUAGUAAACAUCCUCCUUAUGUUAACAUUGCUACAAUUUUGGGACUUGGAAGUAUACUAAGAAGUACCCUACUCACCUAAUUUUUUCUAAUCAGUAAUUGUUCACUAGUAAAUUGUAUUUGUAACACAAAGUAUUUCUGUUAAAUAAAACAGACUGAUUCCCAUUCUGUGCAAAGAUUCAAAAUAAAUUGUCUAAGUGUAUAUUUCCAAGUCUCAGGCUUAUAUGCUUAUUUUAAAGAAAAUCUUAGAUGCUCAAACCAUUUUUGGUGCCAAUGGAGUAUUUUUUGCAAAUGUACUAUUUUUGUAGUUGUAUAUGUCAGUUCAAGUGCAAAAUCGUUGUAAUACAUACUAACCACGUAAGCUGACCUAUAUUUAUUUACAUGUUUUUUACAUUGUCAGUUGAAAUUGUCUCAAUUAUUGGUUUCACUUCCACAACUUCAAAUAAGUGAAAUUUAAUUUGGAAAAAUUAUUUUGUUUGUGUUAGCACAAUACGGCAACAAAUUAACACAGAAAUCCUUUUCACGUAAGAUAUAACGAUAAGUAAUACCAAGCAGAGAAAAGAAAAAUACUGGAGCAGUAGAUUGUUAUAUUUAUGUAUACAUUGAUGCAUUAAUUUUUUAUUCUGCAUUCCACAGUUGCGUCCACUGUAAAUUUACUUGCUAUGAAGUCAAAAAUCGAUGUUUUGAACCCUUUUCAUCUAUGACAGUUUUACAUUCAUAGAUGUCACAAACAUUUAGAUCCCCAAAAUGACACUCAUUAUUUUACCUUACAUGCUUAUCAAAAUGCAUAAGAGGAAAAUCUGGAAAAAACAGACAAGCAGGGUUAUAUUUUAUAUCAGUUUAUACUUUAAUCUUAUUCCAUUUACCUCUAGCUAGUUUCUUAAAAGAAGCUUCUCUAAUGUUAACUUUCCUGAUAUUCUGGAUGGAUGAUGUUUACUAUACAGUGCUACCUUAUAAUGUAAUAUAAAUGCCAAGGAAGUCAAUAUGCGAAUUGUGUCAUCAUUCAGACAAAACAUGGGGAAUGUUUUCCGAAAUGACAAAGAUCUGCUGUUGAAGCAAUUUAAGCAUUGACUUCCGAUGGUCUAAAACAUAAAAAAACAAAAAUGAUUGCUCACUCUACUUGAAAUUUGGAAAAUUUUAUUUAGGUCAUAUAUACCUUAUUCCCAUAUUAGCAAUAAUCAAUGGUAUUUAAUGAUUGUUUACAGUUUACAAGCGUGUCUUUAAAAGUUUUAGACUUACAUAUUGCGUUCUCACAGUUUUCAUUUUAAAUGUAUAUGUAAUACCAUUGUACAUGUUAGCUAUACAUUUACAAAUUUGUAUAUUCAACUAUACCUGACCAUACUUUAUCUUUUAGUUUGCAGUUUAUUUAGUUUAUGUGCAUUGUACUAUAUACACGGUAUACACCCGGUUCUUAUAUAUAUAUACAUGUAUACAGUAUUGGUAUAGAGCCAGAUUGAGGCUUGGAGGUCAUUUAUGCCACAAAGAACAUUGAUAUUCCAUAAUUGUGAAUGUUAAGACAAUAGGCACAAUGUUCACAGUACAUGUAUUACAUAUGGCGAAGAAUUAUACAAUCAAGCAAGUAAUUUGCGGUUGGUUGCAUAUGCACCUUUCUCAUUUCCAAAAUUAAAUGUGGCAUAAAUCACACCAAGUAAGGAAGCAAUAUCUGUAUGCCAUAUUUUACUCGACAAUCUGGCUUGACAACAACGAAUCUAAGUUGUCUACAUAUAAUGCAUGGUUAAAUUGUGUAUAUGCCAAAAACCAUUGAUAAAAUAGACUGUGUUAGCAUUUUGUGUUCUAUACGUUUACAAUUUAUGACACUUCUUGGUGUUAAAUAGGAAUACAUGUAUACACAGUUUAAUUAUGUGAAAUUUCCAUGUAUGGUUCCAUUGGAACUAUGUGUGAUACAAAUAUGUGUGGUUAAUGUUUAGGAUGCAAACUAUAAGGAUUAUAUUCCAUUGGCUCAACAUUUCUAGUGUAAUGUUAAUCAGAAAUGCUUUUGAGAAAAACGUAUUUACAGAAUUAUUUUUUCAAUGCUCCUAAUGGGAGCAAUAAGACGCAUUUAUGUCAACAUAAAUAAUUGCCAAGUUUACCUUUUGCUUUUUCAAACCAUAAAAAGAUAAAAAAUAUGUUUUUGGAAAGAGAUUUUAUUGUAGAUAGGGUAUUAAUUUUUGUUAAAGUCAGGGGUGUGGGUGUGGGAGGUUAUUGCCGUGUUUUUGCGGCAAUGGCUACUAUACAUGCAGCGUAUAGUAGCGACAUCUAUAUAGAGCUCAUCACAAAGUGAGCAACUUUAUCAAAAGACAUAAUCGGUGCUGAAACAUAUUAUAAGCAUGUAUGUAUAACAUUCUCAAAAAAAUGUUUUGAUUUUUUCAGUGUUUAGUAAUAUGUUCUAUGACCAUGUAUUAUUCCAGUAUAGUUAAGAGUUAUGAUGUAGUUAUAGUUACCAUAGCAACUACUAACCAAUCACAUGAGUUGUGUGUCAGUAAGAAUUGACUGUGUUAGGUGAACAACAUUAGUUUUAUUUCAUAUUAUUAGUCCUUUAUUAUUUUCGAAGGAAACUUUAAUAUUAAUUACACUUUUCAUAUACAAUUAUAUAUUUAAUAAUAUUUUGCAAUGUUAUUUUUUCUAAUAUUCACAAUGUACUUUGAUUCUCAUGAGUGAUUGUAUUUGAGCUGUUUUGACACAAUUUUUAUGCCAACGCAGGGAAUUUACCAAAAGGCAAUUGGUUAAUUUUUCAAAUCUAUAUACUUUUUCGAAAACUGCUUCCAUGUGAAGGAUUUAUUUUAUGAUAUUGUGAAUAAAGUAUUGUAAUGGUAUAUUAUUGGCUUAGAUUCUGCACCAUCUAAUGUGAUGCUUAUGUCAAAUGUAAAAUUGUGCUUCAAUUUUAUAGAAAAAGAGCUUAUAGCACAAAAGCCUACAAAAAUGAUGUAAGAAUUAAUUGUUUUGUUGAAAUAACAAUUAAUUUUAUUUAAUUGUUCUAUUUUGUGCUAUUAAACUCUUGACCAAUAUAUGCAGAAAUCCACCUUCAUUCUACCAUUACUGCUACUUAUUGGUGUUCAUUUGUUACCGUAGCAACAGAUCAUGAGCAUUGCUAUGGCAACUGCAGUUUAAUUUUUCAAUGAUCUGAUCCACAUUAUGUGAUUAUACACGAGACAGUUUUACAUAUUUAGCUAAACAAUGUUGUAUUGAAAAUAUUGUACAUGGCAUGUGUGGCUAUAGCAACAUCAAACGCUCUCUGGAGUAGAACAAAUUAUCACAGAACCUUUUUUCUGGCGGUUAUAGUUCUAAUUGUUGCCAAGAAACCUGAUGUUGCUAUAGUACUAAAAUCCACAAAAGGUUAAUUUGCAGUUUAAUAUUAAUUGCUGUAUAUUGUACUCAUAAAAGCAUAUUGUUUUAUUUUACACAAUGCAAAUAUAUACAUUAUAUUUUGGAUUGAUAGCUAGAUAGAAAGUUUAUUGACAAAUAAAGCAUUGCUGUGUACA